AUGGUUUCCGGAACCGACACUACAGAAGUUGGCGCCACAACCAAAGCGCCACCAUCUGAAGGAACUGAGGGCAUCCUCGACGACCAUUCGUCCAAUUCACAACCGCAAGCAGAGAAGCCAGCUAAGACGCAUUAUCCGCUCAGUUUCUGGCUGGCAUUCCUUGGACUUUGCUGUACUGGUCUGGUCUCGGCUCUUGAUGGAUCGAUCGUCGCAACAGCCCUCCCUAGUAUCAUCGAAUCACUUGAUGGUGGAGACGACUAUCCUUUGUAUGGCCAGCUUGCAGACCUUUGGGGACGCAGAUAUGUCAUGAUUGGAGCUACCAUUAUCUUCAUCCUCGGAAGUGGUUUAUGUGGCGGCUCUUCAAGCAUGAACAUGCUCAUUUGGUCAAGGGCUGUUCAGGGUAUCGGUGCCGGAGGCAUCAACAUGCUCAUCGACAUGAUCAUUUGCGACCUUGUUCCAAUGCGUGAGCGCGGCAAUUUCAUCGGACUGCUGUUCCUCUUCGUGAGCUUAGGUGCAACAAUUGGUCCUUUUGUUGGAGGCAUUCUUACAGACCGCGCGAGCUGGCGCUGGCUUUGGCUGCUGAUUCUGCUCCAGAUAUUUUACAUCAACCUCCCCUUUGGAGGCGUAGCUCUCCUUCUGCUCAUCCUGUUCUUGCAUGUCAAGUGGAAGAACGACCUUUCCACUAUGGAAAGGCUUAGACGCGUGGAUGUCAUCGGCAACUCGAUCCUCAUUGGCGCAACAUUCGCGAUUCUGUAUGCUCUCACGUACGGAGGUACACGAUAUACCUGGUCUGAUCCCCAUAUUGCAGCACCGCUCACUAUUGGCCUUGUUGGACUUGUGGCCGCCUUCUUCUGGGAAAUGUCUCCAUGGUGCAAGUAUCCUGUCAUGCCACCGCUCCACUUUCAGAAUCGCACUUCCGCAGCUGCAUUCUUUAUCUCUUUCAUGUGCAUGCUGCUCGCCUUCUGGAUCAACUUCUUCUAUCCGGUCUAUUUCCAAGCGGUCUUAAUUGCUUCACCAACGAGGGCCGGUGUCUACACGCUCCCUCGCGCAAUCGCGUUCCCGCUGUUCGCUGCCGUUGGAGGCGCAAUUGUUUCAAAGACAGGGCGGUACCGGACCGUUCAUCUGGUCUCUACUGGUAUCAUGCCACUUGUAAUGGGUCUGAGCUCCAUUCUCGACCAGGGCUCCUCCAAAGCCGAAUGGGUCAUUUGGCAACUGCUCUUCGGCGUCAGUGGCGGCAUGAUGAUUUCUACGACACUGCAAGCCGUACAGGCCGCUCUUCCAGAAAGCGAAGUCGCCACGAGUGUUGGAACAUGGUCCUUUGUGCGCUCUCUCGGCACAAUCUGGGGUCUUUCGAUCCCAGCGGCGAUUUUCAACAACCGGUUCGAUCAACUAAGCACGCAGUUUGACCCCUCUAUUCGAGCGCUUUUCACCCGUGGCCAAGCCUACGAACAUGGUACGGCGAAGUUUAUACAAUCUUUUGAUCCUGAAACACGCCAAAUUGUUAUACAAGCUUACAUUGAAGCGCUGAAACGUGUGUGGCAGAUUGGCAUUGUUUUCGGUGGUGUCACUUUUCUCUCCGUCUUCUUCGAAAAGGAGAUUCACCUGCGGACUGAACUUAAAACCGACUUCGGCCUCGAUGAGAAAAAGAAAGGGGAGGUGGCGAAGGAGGAAAACGAUGUAGAGAAUAACGGCACAACUGUCCAGUAG